AUGGCCGCCGCGGCCUCCUCCUACUUCGCCGGCCCGGCCAUCCUGCCGUCGCAGCGCGCCGCCGCGGCGCCCGACAAUUCCGCCGUCGCCACCCCUUCUCCGGCCAAGCAGUCGCGUGACCCCCGCUUCUCCGGAUGCGCCCCGACCACCGUGCGUCACAUCGCCCGUUCCUUCGCCGCCGCAGACGCCACUGGUGGCGGCGACCCUGCCAUCUCCAUUGACGGCGUCGACGCCACCAACCAGCUUACUCAGGAUGGGUCCCUCAAGAGAAUAUGGCAGCCUUUGCUCUAUAGUGAGGAACGAGAUAGGCCUGUUACCAAUUUCAAUGAAGUGGUGCUGCACUUCAUUGAGUGUCUGUAUAUGCAUUUGGUAAAUGUCCGGCCAAAGAUGCAAGGUCAACUCCCUAGCGCUGUUCAAGCAAAUGUGUCUACUCACGAGAUGCAAGCUCAAGUCGCUCACACAGUUCAAAUAAAUGCACCUGCUUAUAUGCCCUUCUCUGGUGGAGUAAGAGAUCAUCAAGUUGAUUUUGUUCCUCAAGUAAACCAAGGGCGAUUCCCUUCAUCAGUUCAGACAAACACAUCUACUCAUGUACCCUUUUCUGGUGUAGUUAGAGAACAGCAAGUUCACUUUACUCCUCAACCAAACCAAUUUUCAGCUUACCCAGGUACUGGUGGACAACAGCACGAUCUGCAGACUAGGGUUUUGGAGGUUAUGCAACAACCAGAUAUACUUGCACUUGAAAAUGGAGUACAUGUUGAUGAAGUGGCAAGGAGACUUGGAAUGCCAAGAGCACAAAUUAUGGUCACUGCCCAGCGUCUGGUCGAUUUGGCCUGCCUCUAUUCCACUAUUGAUGAAUAUCAUUUCAAGUCUCUUUUAAAUGGUUGA